AUGUUGUGGGAUAAUCACAAAGAUUCAAUGACUGAUGAUAUAUUGUAUCGACAUCGUACAAGGUGCAAUGAUCUAACGAUAUCAUUCAGUGAUGCAAUGUACAAUGAAGCACUGAUUGCUAUCGAGGAUCUUUGCAUUGCUAUUCCGAAUUUGCCAACCAGUCAUUUCGGUAUGAGCUCACCGAAUCGAAGUGCAUCUGAUUUACUCAACACAGAUAUCAAUCGUGAACUACAGUACGAUACUGAUCCAUCCGCCGAAAAUUUCUCUAAACAACUGUUAGAUAUUGGUGAUGGGAAAGUUGAUGUACAUGAAAAUACUGGAUGCAUCAAAUUACAGACGGACUUCUGCACAAUCAUCGACUCGCAAAAUACUCUCAUCGAUCACAUAUUUCCCGACGUACACACACAAUAUGCAAAUCGUAAGUGGCUGGCAGAAAGAGCGAUUUUGGCAGCUAAAAAUGUGGAUGGCAAUGGGUUAAAUUUAAAGAUUCAACAGUUGUUGCCUGGGGACUUGGUGUCAUACAAAUCUAUCGAUGCAGUUUGCGAUACCAACGAGACUGUGAAUUAUCCAAUUGAGUUUUUAAAUUCAUUGGAUUUGCCAGGCAUGCCACCAAAUCAUUUACAAUUGAAGGUUGGAUCUCCGAUUAUUCUGCUUCGCAAUUUAAACCCACCACGGCUGUGUAAUGGCAUACGGUUAGUCAUUAAAAAAUUAAUGAAAAACGUCAUUGAAGCCAUCAUCUUGAAUGGCAAGUUUCAAGGCGAAAAUGUGUUGCUGCCACGAAUCCCUACGAUUACUACAGAUGUGCCAAUUAAAUUCAAACGCACUCAAUUCCCCAUUAGAUUGGCAUUCGCUAUGACGAUCAAUAAGUCACAAGGCCAAACAUUGUCUCUUAUCGGUGUACCGAAUGCAGGUUUGGCUUUGCCAAUGCGCGAUAAAUACCAUAAGUCUUCCACAGAACCUUUCUCCAUAAUCUCAUAA